AUGGCUGCCACAGGUGGCUCUGUUCCGACGAAGCUGCCAUCGAGCGCUCCGCCGAUGGUGCACACCAUCCGAGGCAUCAUCAUAACGGUGACUUCUGUUGCGCUGGUGGUAUGCUGCACGAGACUCUAUAUCCGCAGAUUUGUUACUCGAUCAUUUGGUCUCGAUGAUUACCUCGUUAUCCUUGCAUUGAUAAUGGUGGUGUUGUUUGCAAUUCUGUCUUUGGCCGUCACGUUCUAUGGAAUUGGAUACCAUAUGGAUACCGUCCCACCGGCAAAGCUGGCGACUAUGCAAUACAUUGUGUAUAUAUCACUAUGCGCAUACCUCUGGGUAGCCCUCGCCGUCAAAUCCAGCCUCACAGUCUUUAUAAUGCGGAUAUUCCCAACAAAGGCCAUCCGCCUCAUCGGCAUUGGCACAAUUAUAUUCAUGGUUCUGAUGACAAUAUCCGGCGAGCUGCCUCUGAUCCUCCAAUGCAGACCUGUUAAAGCAGCCUACGCUCCGCCAGCAAACGGGGAUUACAAGUGCUUUACAGCCAAGACAUUGAUGAACAUCCAGCUUUAUCAGGCGAUUCUCAUGUUCUUGGUAGACGUGGUUAUUAUCGUCAUGCCCAUGCCCACGAUCUGGAAGCUCCAGAUGCCGGUCCAGCGUCGGCUAGUUAUUAUGGGAUUGUUCGCGCUUGGGUUCGUUGCAUGUGCCGCCGGUUUGGCACGUAUCCCUCUCCUUGGUUACCAGGAGAAUACGAAAGAUUUUACCAGCGCUGGGGCCAUCCCCCUCAUCCUAAUGAACACCGAAUAUGCGCUUGGCCUGAUAACUGGAUCUCUUCCUUCGCUGCGAAUUCUAUUCAAGUUCAUCCCUGGACUGAAUAGUAGCAGAAAGACCAGCAAGUAUAGUCGGUCUCGCAGUCGUGAGUGGACUGGCGGCCAAGGCAACGCUGGAGGAUACCAAUUGAGUAGCCAGAGUCGCUGGAGUAAAAAGGUUCUUCCUAAGAGGGGAGCAGAUGGCGACAGUGUAGCCAGUGAAAGCGAGCAGAGGAUAUUCACGACAUCCAAAUCCUGA